AUGGAGCCCAAGAAGGAAGAUGAUUCCGUGUUUACCGAUUGGGGAAGGGGUCUGUGUGAGAUACUAGAAAAUUUAGAGAAGCGAUUAACUGGGGAAGAUAACAGAGUUUCAAGGCCUAAAAUACAAAGAAUUCCAAAUUACAUGGCUGAAAAAGUGGAGUUUCAAAGAUACUACAAGCCACAGUUCAUUUCACUUACUGUGUUUCACACAGGAGAGACGGAAAGAGAGUGGUAUAAGGGAGCAUGGGCAUCCAUGUAUGUUAGGGAGACUAAUCUAAAGGUUGAAGAUGUAUACAGGGAAAUGUAUGAUUGGAAUAUAAGAGAAGGGGCGGUACUAAAACCCAUGUGGACCAAACUAUAUGAUGUGGAUCCCUUUGAUGAACAGGUAGACAUCGGUUUAAAGAAAAGGUAUGGUCCCAUAGUGGAUGGAUGUUGUGUACUUCAAUUGCUGCAAAAAUCAGAGAGCUCAGUUGAUCCAGAACAAGAGCUCAAGAUUAGCCUUGACAAGCUUGUGAGGGUGCAUCAAGAUCUGCUUAUCUUGGACAACCAGGUUCCUUUCCAAUUACUCAGGCUCUUGUGUGAGGACCAAGAAAGGCUCCAAAAAUGCCUCUGCAACUUCCUCCAAGUUCAUGGUAUUCAGACAGCACCUAAGCUUCCCAGAAAGAGAACAGAGAAUGAAGAAGUGAAGGUAGCAGUGGAUGGAGAUGGAGAUGAUGAUGAGGACCCCGUCCAUCUUCUUGAUUAUCUGCGGAAGGCCCUCUUGAUGAGAGACCAACACACAUUCUACAAAGCUAUCAACCACAAGAAGAACAAGAGGGGAUCUCUGCACCUCAGGAAGUACAGGAUUGGGACCAUCCGGGAACUCAAAGCAGCUGGGAUUCGUGUGAGAAAAGAUUCCCACAACAACUCGGUGUACCCGAGCUUCAAAGAUGGGAUACUGCAGCUUCCAGAACUCAUAGUGGAUGGCUCAACACCUCAUAUAUUCCUCAACCUAGUGGCCUAUGAGAUGUGUCCUGAUUUUCGCAACAACUUCGAGAUCAGCUCAUUUUUAGUCUUCAUGAGCUCUCUCAUCGACCAGCCGGAGGAUGUUAAGGAGCUAAGAAUGGGUGGCAUAAUUAUCAAUGAACUUGCCAGUGACAAGGAAGUAGCAGAUCUGUUUAAUAAGAUGGACAGCAUUCUUGUGCCUGAGACACCGUUGUUCGCCCACAUUAGAGACCAAAUCCAUUCACAUUUUGAGUCCAAAAGAGGCAGGAUCACAAUGCUGUCUUGGAUGGGAGAGGCCUCUAACACCUUUUUUCGCUCGCCAUGGACCAUCAUCGCCUUGCUUGCAGCCACGCUUGGCCUUGUUCUUACAUUUAUCCAAACAUGGUUUGCUAUCCACCCUAAAGCUUCAUAA